AUGGUAUCAAAACAGAAAGUUCUGUUGAUCGGGGCCACCGGGAAUACUGGCAAGGACAUCCUCGAAGGACUCGUCGGAGCCGGAAACCUUGCAAGGCAUCUCUUCAUUCCAAGCAGUAUCGAGGUGAUCAUCUUCUCGAGAUCUCAGUCAGCGUCAAGCGACAAAGUGCAACAACUCAGAGACCGCGGCCUGAAAGUAAUCGAUGCUCCCUCCGACGCAACAGCGAGGGAUCUCGCCGCCAUUCUCCAAGCAAUCGACGUGGUCGUCAGUGCCGUCGGACCUCAAGACCAACUCGACCAGUUCAAGUGGAUCGACGCCGCCAAAGAAGCCGGAGUCAAACGUUUUGUGCCUUGCGGAUUCACAACCAUCUGUCCGCGUGGGGAUGUCAUGCUUAUCCACGACGAGAAGGAAGCAGUCCACGACUACCUAUUCAAGGAAAAGCUACCGUACACCAUCAUCGAUGUCGGCUACUGGUAUCAGAUUUCCUUUCCCAAACUCCCUUCUGGCAAGGUGGAUUACGCUGUUGCUGUACCGCUCGACGAAGUAUAUGCUGGAGGCGAUGCUCCCAACCUUCUGGUGGACAAACGGGACAUUGGCAAAUACGUCGCGAGGAUUAUCGGUGACCCUCGAACUUUGAACAAGAGAGUUAUUGCGUAUGGCGAAGAACUUUCUCAGAAUCAGAUUACCGAGAUUAUCGAGAAACUGAGUGGUGAGAAACUGUCUCUCAAACCUGUCUCUGCAGAAGAACUUAGACAACGCACGAAAGAAGCCGUCGACAGUCUUAGGAAAGCAGAAGUCAAAGACUUUGGAUCUCGCGUGGGCGUCUACAUCAAUCAGUACAAGGUUUCCAAAUUCGUCCGCGCCGACAACACCCUUCAGAAUGCCAGCUACCUUGGUUACAUGGAUGCUCAUGAGCUUUAUCAUGACUUCAAACCUACUACAUUCGAGCACUUCUUCCAGGAGACGCUUGAUCAGAAAGGUCAGAAUCCAUUUGCAUAG